AUGCAGCCCAUCAAAGUUCACGUCAUUCCUGCGGGUCCGAAUCCGUGGAAGCCCAUUCUGGUCCUUGAGGAGCUUGGUGUGCCAUAUGAGAUCAAUUCCUUUGGCUUUGAGGUUGUCAAGCAGAAGCCUUUCACCGACAUCAACCCAAACGGUCGUGCACCCGCCAUUAAGGACCCGAACACCGGCAUCACUCUAUGGGAGACUGGCGCGAUCAUCCAGUACAUCAUUGAGCAGUAUGACACCAAGCACGUGCUCAGCUACGACACCCUGAAGGAGAAGCACCUCUGCAACCAAUGGCUCGCUUUCCAGAUAAGCGGCCAGGGUCCCUACUUCGGCCAGGCGGGCUGGUUCAACGUUCUUCACCCCGAGAAGCUCCCAUCGGCCAUCACCCGCUACAACGACGAGCUGAAGCGCAUCUUGGGCGUUCUCGAUGGCGCUCUUACUGGCAAGCAGUGGCUCGUAGGCGACAAGAUGACCUUCGCCGAUCUGUCCUUCGUCACUUGGAAUGACCGCAUCGACAGCCUGAUCGUGUGCGCGCCUGACAAGAAGUUUGAAGGCUUUCCCAACGUACAGGCAUGGCACGAGCGUAUGACGGGUCGCGCUGCAUGGAAGAACAUUAUGAAGAAGCGGGAUCAGUUGAUGGAUGAUCAGGGCUUGCAGCCAAAUGGCAUGCCCAAAGGCAUCAACUCUUUUGAGGAGUACGAGGCUAUGAUCAAGGCGAACUCGAAGGCAUAG